AUGGAAGCAAAGACGGCGAAAGUGGGAAAAAUGGACGGUAUGAAACUACGCGUGAAGCAAGAAUCGCAUGAAGGAGGGAACGACAACAACAGCAUUAGCGUCCGCAUAGACCCGGACGUCCUCGAUCAAAAGACAAAAGGCAGUGCAGCAAAUGGGGACCCGGACGUCUUCGAUUGCUCCAUCUGCUGCACACCCCUGCGCCCCCCUGUCUUCCAGAUGGAUCUAAAGUGCCAUGUCUGCUCCUUACCCACCGGCCGGAGCCGAUGCCGGGCUCUAGAGGCCGUCAUUGAAGCCAUGAAGAUCCCCCGCCCCCAUUCGACAUUUGGCUGCCGAGCGACCAUCCCGUACAUCCAGAAAGACACCCACGACCACGAGUCGUCCUGCCUAUUUGCCCCCUGCUCCUGCCCCAUCUCCAGCUGCACCUUUCGAGGCCCCGCUGCACUCCUCUCGGACCACAUCUGGAAUGAACAUCACUCCACCACCCCUCAGUUCUUUUUCUCUUAUAAUCUCUCCUUCAGUGUCUUUCUCCAGCAAGAAGAGCCAUUUUAUGUUCUCCAUGGGACGGAUGGCCGCAUCUUUCUCCUACUCAAUGCAGCCAACGUGCCUCAUGGGAGUUCUCUUUCAAUCGCUUGUAUAAGACCAGGGUCCAGAGAGUCGAACUUGGGGUAUAACAUCACGGUGAAGGGAGAGAGAAGCGAGCUCCGUUUCAGAGCUUCGCCCAAGAACAUUAGGGACUUGAAGGUGGCUUCUCCUGCAGAAAGUUUCCUUUUUGUUCCCCAUGCAAUUAGUUACUCGGCUGGGAAGAACUCUAUUGAUGUUCGCAUUCGGAUUUCGGAAGGUGUAGAAUGAUGCUGAUCUCACCUUGUCUUCUUGUCAUAAUGCUAGUAAGACAUAUCGCACUUUAUAUAUGUGUAUGUUGGUAAUUAUGCUGCAGGAUUGCCUAAUAGAAA